AUGUCCCACGCACAACAGAGGGACGAGGUCCUCGCCCAGGAUGGUAUUGAGCCCAUGGCGAUCAUAGGAAUGUCUGCCCGGUACCCGGGUGAGGCCUCAACGCCGGCGGGCUUCUGGGAGAUGCUCAGCAAUGGACGCAGCGCCCAUACUGAGGUGCCCGCUGAUCGAUGGAAUGCGGAUUCCUGGUAUCAUCCCGACCAAGACCGCAAAGGAACAACAAAUGUCAAGACGGGAUGCUUCCUCGCCGAGGACGUGUCACUCUUCGAUGCCCCAUUCUUCUCCAUGACUGCCCAGGAGGCGGCUGGUAUGGACCCGAUGCAGCGGCUCAUGCUCGAGGUGGCAUACGAAAGUCUCGAGAACGCUGGUAUCCCAAUGCAAAGUCUCCCAGGAACCAUGACCAGUGUUUACUGCGGAUGCUUCACGGGGGACUAUGGAGACCUGGCCAACAGCGACAUCUACGACGCGGCUCCUUACCAGGCCACAGGUAAAGGAAAGGCCAUGCUUUCUAACCGAGUUUCAUGGUUCUUUGACCUGCGAGGGUCGUCUUUUACCGUGGACACCGCAUGCAGUUCCAGUCUGUACGCUCUGCAUCUAGCAUGCCAGUCCCUGCGACUGAAGGAAUCGAAGAUGGCCAUUGUGGGCGGAACUAACUUGAUCUUAACACCUGAUAUGAUGCACUCAUUAACUGCGCAACGAUUCCUUAGCCCAGACGGAGUCAGUCAUUCCUUCGAUGCUAGAGCCAAUGGCUACGGCCGUGGCGAAGGUAUUGGUGCCAUCAUCGUUAAGCCCCUACGCGAUGCUCUGGCAGAUGGUGAUACGAUUCGCGCUGUGAUUCGUGGCAGCGGGCUCAACCAGGACGGUCGAACGCCCGGUAUUACCAUGCCAGCGGCCGCGGCACAAGCAGAUUUGAUUCGCACCGCCUAUGCCAAUGCUGGUCUUUCCAUGGCCGAUACUGGCUUCUUCCAGGCCCACGGAACAGGAACGGCAUUGGGAGAUCCAAUCGAACUGUCCGCGAUUGGUGCAACAUUCGGUAAAGCCCGUCAUCCUGAUCAGCCCCCGCUCUAUGUGAGCUCCAUUAAAACCAACAUUGGGCAUACGGAAGGUGCGUCGGGCUUGGCUGGCGUGAUCGCCGCCGUUCUGAGCUUGGAGCAAGGAUAUAUCCCUCCGAAUGCCGGCUGGGAGACGUUGAAUCCCAAACUGCGCCUCGAUGACUGGCGAGUGGCCCUGCCACCCAAGUGCAUCCCGUGGCCGACAGAAGGCCUGCGAAGAGCCAGUGUCAACUCGUUUGGAUACGGCGGUGCCAAUGCGCAUAUUAUUAUCGACGAUGCAUACAAUUACCUCACUAGUCGGAACUUGACUGGAAACCAUCAAACAUCGGUGGUUGUCGGCCGCGUUCAGGAUGCAGAUUCAGGCUUCAACUCGGGUGAGGCCUCCGACAACGAGGAUUAUAACGAAGAUUCCGAAAGGCAGCAUCUUUUUGCGUUUUCAGCAUUUGACCAGGCGACCCUGCAACGCAUGGCCAAUGCCUAUGCUGACUCAAUUGACCAGCACAUGCAGUCAUCCAAGCGUCUCACUCCCGCAGAAGAACUCCAGAAAAUGCAGAACCGUAUGCAGGACAUGGCGCACACUCUGGCGACCAGACGGACACUGUUCAGCUAUCGCAGCUUCGCCACCGCCAGUUCGCUGGAAGACCUGGUAGAAAGUCUUCGAAACGGACUGCACAAGUUCGGUCGCGUCUCCAAGGCGGACAACAUCAUCUGGGUCUUCACGGGUCAAGGUGCCCAGUGGCCAACCAUGGGACGGGAGCUGGUCUCGCAUUUGGCUUUCCGUACCAGUCUGGAGAAGACCCAAGCCGCGUUGGUAUCUUGCGGCUGCCCCUGGAAUGUAUUUGAAGAGCUCAAUGUGACGAGCAGCAAGCGGCUGGAUAGCCCGGCAUUCAGUCAGCCUAUGUGUACUGCGGUGCAACUGGGCCUGAUUAAUUUGAUGAAUCAUUGGGGUGUGCAACCGAGAGCAGUGGUUGGCCAUUCCAGUGGUGAAAUUGCUGCGGCAUAUGCCGCCGGUGCUAUUUCCCACGAGGAUGCCGUUAAAAUUGCCUACCACCGUGGAGUUUACUCCGCAGAUGUCGGCAACCGACAAGAAGGCCUGCAUGGAGGCAUGUUGGCCGCUGGGAUCAGUCCGGAAGAAGCGCAACCGUAUCUCGACCGGAUCACGGAGGGGUCUGCAACAAUCGCCUGUUACAAUUCCCCAAGCAGUGUCACCAUAUCUGGCGACCAGAACGCCAUCGUACAGCUUGAGGCCGAGAUUAAGAAAGACCAAAAGUUUGCCAGACAGCUGCGGGUCCAGACUGCUUAUCACUCUGUUCACAUGAAUCUUGUUGCAGAUGACUACAAGACCGCAAUGGGUGACAUCAAGCCUUUACCCAAGUCUACCGAGUCCGUACCGAUGUUCUCAUCUGUCACCGGCGCAUUGAUUGACCCAUCAGAGCUGGGUACCUCCUACUGGAACAUGGUUCAACCGGUCCGUUUCGCUGAAGCCAUGAAGUCUCUGCUCUCAUAUUCCCCUGCCACGCGCAGUCGCCGACGUGCAACCCCCAUUGAAUACAGUGCCGUCGUUGAGCUUGGGCCGCACGAGGCUCUCAAGGGGCCUGUCAACCAAAUUGUCAGUGACUUCAAUAGCAAACUGGCUUCCACCCUCACCUACACCUCGGCCCUUAGGCGUGGUCAGGACGCCCAGGCUACCGCUCUUGAGGCUGCAGGAACUCUGUGGAGCUUGGGUCAUGCUGUGGAUAUGACCAAGGCCAAUAACAUCGACGAAGGGUACACGCCCAAAGCCUUAGUUGAUUUGCCCCCAUAUCCAUGGAACCACGACAAGGGCUUCUGGCAUGAAUCUUACAGCAGCAAAUUAAAGCGUUUCCAGAAAUAUCCCCGUACUGACCUUCUUGGUGCCCCUGUGCACGACCAGAACCCCAUGGCCCCUCGGUGGAGGAAUAUUUUGCGAAUUCCAGAGAACCCAUGGCUGCAGGAUCACAACAUCCAAGGUUCUAUUCUUUUCCCAGCAGCCGGUAUGCUGGCUAUGGUCAUUGAGGCAGCGAAGCAGAUUGCGGAAGACCGAAACUCCCAAGGCUUUGAGCUACGCAAUGUUAGAUUUGACCGUGGUCUGGUCAUUCCCUCAGCCGAGCAGUCCAUUGAAACGACACUUCACCUGCAUCCAUUGGAUGCCGAAGAAGCAGUGAAUGCAUCCUGGUACAACUUCCAGCUUUUCUCUUGCUCACCUGCCGGAUCAUGGACGGAACAUUCCUCAGGCACGGUGAGAAUCAUGUGGGAGGGUAACGAAGAUGCCGAAAACAAGUCAGACUGGACCUUGUGCCAAGCAAAAUACUCUGAGAUCCAGAAAAUUUCCACGCAAACAAGUGUUCGAGCCUUCUACAACGGCCUUGAUGCUGUGGGUAUGCACUACGGCUCCAGCUUCAAGAACAUGACCGAGGCCCAUGCUCACGGCCCAACCCGUUCCGCGCAUGGAACUAUCACAAUUCCGGAUACCAAGAGCAUCAUGCCAAACCAGUUUGAGUUCCCUCAUAUUAUUCAUCCUGCUACCUUGGAUGCAAUGUUCCAUCUUUUGUUUGUCGGUGACACGGGUGGUAACCCUAUGCGGGAAGCCUUCGUCCCUGUUUCGCUGGAGCGCAUGUUUGUCUCAUCUGCGAUCCCGUCUACUGCAGGCGUGGACCUCAAGGGCUACACUCAGUGUCGCUCGAAGACUCAGCGCGAGACAGUUGGUACUGUGGCCAUGUCGACUGCUGAUUUCGCUCAGCCGGGUCUGAUUAUUGAAGGGUUUGUCGCCAGAGAAGUGAGCUCAUCGACUGGCGCUGUCGAGCCGAUGAAUUCCAUGAGCGAGUCGCAGGCUCCCAAACGAACCGGUCACCUUCACUGGUCCGAAGACAUUUCUCAUUGGAAGGGUGAUGCUGUGGUGAACAGCUUGCAGCAAGCAAUUACCGACCAGUCACUCAGUGCUACAGAGCAAGUCACUGCUCAGAUUAGCGUCUGGCUUGAGCGGCUGUGCCAUAAGGAAGCGGAGCCCAAUGUAUUGGUGAUAGGUUCGGAACUCGCAGAUGUAGUUCGCCAGUAUGCGCCAAUCGCGGGCCGACGAUUCUGUUUCCGGAAGUGUACUGUUGCUGCGCCAGCACAGGAUGAGCUUGACUCCCUCAAGCAGGCGCUCAGUGACAAGGCUUACGAAGUGGAAUAUAUCAAGCUUGAUCUCGGUGAAGAAUCAGUGCCUGAUAUGUCGCCUUUUGACCUUAUCUUGUCCAGUACUACGCCCCAGCCUGGAUUGGAUCUCGGGGCCAGCCUCCAAUCCAUCCGCUCACUGCUGCAUCCUACAGGGCGCAUUUUGCUGGGAGGUCCCAACGUUGAGCUUGCAGGUGUUUCAGCAUGGAACGACAUUCUUGCAUCUGCUGGCCUCAAUUCAUCCCAGGCCUACCACAGGACUGCCAAAGCCACUGUGGUCAUCUCGUCCUUAGAGGUAGACGAUGAAAAGCCUGAGGAAGUCGUCAUUCUCAAAGCACCGCAAAUGACGCCCGCCCUGGAAAUUCUCAAAACAAACAUUGAGAGUGUGGUCCAAUCUCAGGGCAUUGCUGUUAGCACUGUCAGUUUGGAAGACAGCGACAGCUUCGUUGGCAAAUGGAUCAUCUCUCUGGUCGAAGUCGAAGAACCCUUCAUCAUGGGAUGGAGUGACGAAGACCUCCAGCAUUUCCAGACACUGGCUACAUCGGCCGAGUAUGUUCUAUGGCUUACUCGCGGUGGACAGCUUCUUGAUUCUUCCAAUAUCGACUGGAGUUUGACUACUGGCCUGUUGCGAACACUGCGCGUUGAGAUGGCUAAGCUGUCAAUCCCACACCUGGAUCUGUCCCCGGCAUUGGACCUGACAUCAGCCCGUGCUGUGGAGGUCAUCAUGUCCUGCUUCAAUGCGUCGUCGCCGAACAAGUCCUACGAGCCCGAGAUGGAGUAUGCGGAGAAAGAUGGAACCAUCUUUAUUCCUCGCUUCAAGACCAACAACAGCUUUGACCAUGAGAUUGAUCGCCACUCAGCUCGUUCCAAGUCAUUGAUGCAGGUCCUCCAUGACCAGGAUCGGGCUUUGAAAAUCUCAACCAGCAAGACCGGCCAGUUAAACGAUCUCCGCUGGAUCGACGAUGAGCUGGCGACGACUGCAUUGAGCGAAAAUGACGUCGAGAUCAAGACCCAAUACGUGGGCCUGGAGCAGGCCGACGUCAACGUUGCUAAGGGCUCAAGUCAGUGCACCACCGUUGGUCGUCAGGUGGGUGGAAUCGUCACCCGCGUUGGUGCGAGUGUCACUCGUUUCCAGAUCGGACAGAAAGUUGUUGCUGUUAGGCCCGAGGCCUGUCGCAUGUAUGCUCGCCAGUCCCAGGACUUUGUGCAGCCCGUGCCAGAACACAUGAGCUUGGUUGAUGCUGUUGCUGCCUUCAGAGCGUAUGUCACCGCCUACUACGCCCUCGUUAACCUGGCACACAUCCAGUGCUCCGAGUCCAUCCUCAUCCACGGUGCUGGUGGAGAAGUUGGCCAGGCCGCCAUCCAGCUGAGCCGUUAUCUUGGGGCCAAGACCUAUGUUACGGUUGGAUCAGAGGAGGAGAGAGAAACCAUCACACAGAUGUAUUCGAUUCCAGAGGAGCGGGUCUUCAGGUCACAGAGUGGUACUCUCAGUCAAUCCGUUCUUCGUGCGGUCCAUGGUGAUGGCGUUGACGUGGUUCUGAGCCUCGUCGACGAUGAUGUCGCACCGCAGGAACGGCUAUGCGUGGGCGAAUUCGGACGAUUCGUUGGGCUGGGAGGCCGAGAUUACUCUUCGUACAGCAGUCUUUCCACUGCCCGGCAGACAAAUGUCGUCUUCGCCAAUCUCGACAUGGAAGUGGUCGAGGAAAGACGGCCUCGACUGGUGUCGGACAUUUUGACCAAGGUUGAAGCAUUGCUCAACGCCGACCUCAUCAAAUGCAUCUCUAACGCCCAGAUCUAUCCUGCGUGCAACGUCGAACAGGCUCUGUACGCAGUUGAGAAACGCACUGCCAUGGGCAAAGUCAUCUUGGAUCUGACAACGGAUUCGCCCGUGCCCAUCAUUCUGCCUCGACCCGUCGCGCUCCGGCUCGACCCCGAGGCCACAUACAUCCUGAGUGGAGGUCUUGGAGGUCUUGGGCCUAGCGUCGCAGAAAUGAUGAUUAGUCACGGGGCCCGCCAUCUGGUGUUCCUUUCUCGCUCGGGACCCAAGUCCGCCGACGCACAGGAGCAUCUGCGUCGGUUGAGUGGACUCGGAUGCAAUGCGGAGGCAUUUGCCUGCGACAUUGGCACCCUCUCCUCCGUGGAAUCCGUCCAGCAGCUCGGUGCCCAGAAUGGGUGGAAGAUUCGUGGCGUUGUGCAAUGCGCCAUGGUUCUGCGCGACAGCACUUUCGAGAACAUGACGCACCAGAAAUGGACUGAGUCGAUUCAGCCGAAGAUUCAUGGUAGUUGGAAUUUGCACCGAGUAUUCGGUGGCCAGCCGCUGGAUUUCUUCAUCAUGCUUUCGUCCGUCUCCGGCAUCAUUGGAAACCCGGCGCAGGGAAAUUACACGGCCGGAAAUACCUACCAGGACGGGUUGGCGCUGUAUAGACGACAGCGCGGUCUGCCGGGUACCGCCCUCGCCGUUGGUGCAGUUAUGGAUGUGGGUGCCUUUGCCGACAAUUCGUACUUUGAGAACUUCCUCGAGAAAUUCGAGCAUCUGGCAUCAUUGACAGUCAAGAUCGAAGAGGUCAUGAUCAUUCUGCAGACAUUGAUGAAAGGACAGACCGAGGAUGGGGUGGCAGUACCCCCGCUGCUGGCCAUGGGCUUUACUGAGCAGCUCAAGCGUGACGGAAAUAUCACCAGUCUCUGGCCCAAGGACCGCAAAUUCGACCACCGCAUUGAGCUGCCUGAGAAUGGUGACGACAACACCGGCGGUGACAAAGUUCGACUUGCUGAUUUGCUGGCGCGGGUCACUGAUCUCACCGAGGCAGGCGAAGUGGUCGAGCAGGCCUUAAAGGCCAACUUGGCCAAUGCGAUGACAGCCUCUCCGGAGGAUGUGGAUGCAGAUAAACCACUGCACUCGUAUGGUGUGGACAGUUUGAAGGCGGUCGAGGUGCGCAACUGGCUGUUCCGAGAGCUGAAGUGCGACAUUUCCGUCUUUGACAUUCUAAGCCCGAUGUCGUUGGCUAAGCUGAGCGUCAAUAUCGCCGAAAAGAGCAAGUUUCUACCCGAGAGUGUGAAGCGGACGGAUCAACUCGAGUAA